AUGCCACUCUUCCGCAAAAAACCCAAGUCUCCGCCCACCGCGUCGCCCGCAUUCCGAUCUGUCGAGCAUCUUCCCCAACUGACCGACCGCCGCGGCUCCUCCGUCUCCACCGCCAUUCCAGCUCAUCCUCCACUGCCUCACUCUCAACCGCAGCCACUGCCUGUCCCUCCUCCUCCCUAUUAUCAUCCCGCCCACACGCCGUCUCAGUCGUCCCUGCAUCGCUCGCAGAGUCAACGCCACUCCCGCAGCGACCCCGCCGUCGCCCUGCCCGCCUCACCCUCUGCACCGCAGCAGCGCUUCGAUGUGGACCCGUCCGACGACGAGCUCGACGAACAACAACACCACGACGGUCAUCACCCGCGUCGCACCAUCCGGAAUAUCUUCUCCCUGCAUUCGUCCCACUCUCCGAGGGAUUCCACCGGUCCUCUCGAGCGCCAUCGUUCCCUGAGAAGAGCGUCGCCUGCCGCUCGUCGCAACCGCCCGCUGUCCGUCGACACGACCGGUGCGGACAACCACCCCCCGCUGACCUCCCGCUCGCGAGAGUAUGUGGUAGAGUCCCUCCGCUCGACGCCUCAGUCUCCUAUGCCACCACAGGACUUCCUCCCUUCGUCUCAGAAUAACCCCCGGCUGCCGCGGUCCCCGCACGUGCCGUCCAUUCAGCGGUCCAACACCGAUUCUUCGUUGGUGCUCGAUACUCCCCCUCCGACCAACUUACAUCAUCCGUCGCCUGUCGAUCCGUCCAGAAACCAUCCGGCCGAGCUGAUCCCCGGUCCGGUCCAGCACCCAUCUCUGGACCCGUCCAGCGCUCGUCCUCCGUCGCGACAGUCCAUCGGACCCCCUUCCCCUCUUCGUCCGCUUCCUAGCCACCCGCCCGACGUUCCACAGCAGAGCAUGUCGGACCGUCCGUCCACGGGACCUGCAUCGGGUCCCCCUGCCAGCUCCACCUUUGGGCAGGGCGCUCCGGACACGGGCCUCCGCAACAAUAACAAUCCCGUUCAAGCGUCCGAGCCGGGACGCAGCACGCCAACCUCCAACCACAGCCGAAGCCGCGACGAGGCAGAUGUCGACAUGCGAUCCCUGGUGCAGAAGCAUGACGAGCUCCAGGCCCAGGUGCAGCACCUGCAGAACACGGUCGCCCAUCAGCGCAUGGCGGUGUCGCGAACCGUCCUCGACGACAACGAGUACGCCAACCGGUUUGGCCGCCUCGACGGAGCCAUCAAGGACCUGGCGUUCGCCGUCCGCAAGGACUGGAAGACUCUCCCCUCCUGGCUGAGCGGAUUCGUCAACGAGGAUGCUGCCGCCGUCGGCACGAAGGAAAUGACCGCCAUCGGCCGCGCGCUCAUGAGUCGCUGGUUGGCGGACGAAGUGUUCGGGCGCUAUUUCCACCCGGUGCUGGAGCCGUCCUUCAGCCGGCACCUGAAGGAAAUCGAGCUGAACCUGCGCCGGCAGCAGGGCAAAACCGCCACGGAGGAGGACAAGGAGAAUGCCAUCGCCCGCAUCUCGAACUGGCGUCGCACGACCUUGGACGGGCUCGAGGACCGGCUGAUCGGACCGGCCGCCGACGAAUACCGCACCCAGCUGAUCGACAACCUGGUGAAGGGCUUGGUUAAGGCGCUCACCGAUCACCUGCAGAGUCCGCCACCCCCAGGAAUCGACAACGGCGCCCGCAUGAUCGUGGAAAACGCCGUCGGCAUCGCGGAGAAAAUCCCUCUCGAGUCUCGCGAUCUCUGCGUGGACUACCUCCUCCCCGGCACCGUUGUCCACGAACCCACGAUGAAGGUCGAGACCGGUAUCCCCCCCUUAACCAAUGCCAGUCCUCCUGAAGCCCUCGCUACCCGCGGUUCCGACGAUCAGGACCGUCCUGCCGACCAUCCCGGCGCCGAGGACCCCGACCUCGACUCCUCGUCGGGCUCGACCAACCCCGACGCCGCAACCCCGGGACGCGAACAGCGCGUGCGCUCCGUCUUCAGCAGCCUGAUGGGUCGCAAGCAACAGCAACAAGGCGCACCGACGGCCCCGGGUCCUGGCGGCAACGGGGACUCGGUCCGCCCGACGACCGCCGGCGCCGACGACCGUGCGGGUGGCGUGCCUCCUACACCGCGCAUUCGCUUUUCGACCUUCAUUACGGCUGACGUCCGGGGGAGAGGACCGGUGAAUGUGCUGGUCAAGGCGCCGAUGAGGAUGAGAUUGAAUUGCUGGCGUCACUCGAAGGUUGACAUCGGACCAUCGAGUGCUGGUGCAUACACUAAUAACAGCACAGUACAGAUGGAGUCACGAGACAUCUCUUCCCGUGACUCCAGCAUUGGACUUACUCUUAUUGCAGAUGGUCUGGGCUCUAUUGAUCAGGACGCCAGAUUAAGUCGGAGAGUCCGAAAUAGUGAGGCCGGGGAAUACCUGCGAGCUUGGGAGUGA